AUGGCCAACAUCCAUCUAGUCCCGUCGGCUGCGGGGAACACUUCUUCCCGCGAUUCGGGCUUGUCAAGUCCGCGUUUGACGCCAGAAUCGAACUACUCCGACGAGGAAUACUCCAUGGCAAAAUCACAGAUGUCACCGCCGAAAAACUUAAGACUUCAAACUAAUUUUGACGAUGCAGUGGAAGUGGGCCGAUCAGCUCCCGAGAGCACAGGUCGCGAUCAAUUCGAUUCCGCAGAUGAGUUUGACGGCAAAAGCGCGCAGACACCGUCCCGGCCGCAAUUCACAGUGGAGGAGGAGACCCAGGUAGUGCGGAAAUUUGAUCAAAAGCUAGUGCCCUUUUUGGCAUUGCUCUACUUACUAGCCUUUCUUGACCGUUCGAGCUGGAAUGAUGCAGAUAUUGGGAAUGCAAAAAUCGCUGGGCUGCAAGAUGAUUUGAAUCUGUCGUCUGGACAAUACGAGUGGCUCCUGACUGCAUUCUACAUCACGUACAUUCUUUUCGAAUGGAUGACUCUGAUGUACCGCGUCGUGUCUCCACACAUUUACAUUUCACUGUGCGUGUUCAGCUGGGGCAUGGUGGCUUCCUUUCAAUCCCUCGCGACCUCCUUUGAGGGACUUGUUGUUCUACGGGCGCUUCUCGGCAUUACUGAAGCAGCAUUUGGACCGGGUGUCCCGUUCUACCUGUCGUUGUUCUACCGGCGUGAGGAACUGGCCUUUAGAAAUGGACUGUUCAUCUCCGCUGCGCCCUUGGCCAGCUCCUUCGCAAGCAGUCUUGCCUGGCUCAUUGUCAAGAGCAGCAAGAAUGGGCCCAUUUCUCCAUGGCGUGCUCUGUUUCUCGUUGAAGGUUUCCCCAGCGUGAUAGUUGCUGUUUUUGCCUGGGUCGUCAUCCCAGAUGCUCCAGGCAGUGCGCGGUUUCUGUCUCGACGGCAAAGAGUGGUCGCCAGCCUUCGGAUGGAUGAUGGCCAGUCAGAGUUCAAACGGAUACCUUCGCAUCGCUUUCAAUGGAGGGAAGUUUUGAAGACAGUUGCCGAUCCCAAGGCUUACAUGGCAGCAGUGAGUCUAUGGGUUUUCAAGACCCCUCUCGUGUUGAACCAGCGUCUUACCCUUUCACAGGCCAUGUUCUUCAGCUGCAACGUUGCGUUUAGCUCAAUGCCGGUCUUUAUGCCCACUAUUAUCAAAGACAUGGGAUACUCGGAAUUAAGCGCCCAGGCCCUCUCCGCACCGCCAUAUCUUGUUGCCUUCCUAGUUGUUUUGUUAACGGCAUGGGCCUCGGAUCGCUCUUGCACCCGAAGUACCUAUCUCAUUGCGCAUGCUUUGAUAUCCUCCCUGGCAUAUCUUGCCAUUGCGGCAACGGGGUACUUCCACUCACAUCUCUCCCCUCAGCUGCAUGUCCUUAUACGUUACAUUUGCGUGUACCCCGCGACAGCCGGAUUCUUCUCGGCCAUCACGUUGAUCAUAACCUGGUCGAUGGACAAUCGACUGGAGAAAGAAGGCAAAGGCGCCAGUAUCGCUCUGCUGAACAUCAUCGGGCAGUGUGGUCCUCUUCUUGGCACGAGACUGUAUCCUGAAACAGAUGGGCCCUGGUAUAUUCGUGGAAUGGCUACCUGCUCUUUCUUCAUGGUACUGGUUGCCAUUCUUGCGGUCUGCUUGCGUGUCACUCUGCAACGGGCCAACCAAAGGUUAGCGAGGGCAACGUAUCAAGCAGUGAAUGGAGCUGGACCGGGUCAAUAUGGUGAGGAGCACGAUGGACUUAUGGGCGGUGAUGGUAGUGGCGAACUCGAUUGGAGAGAUGGACAUGCAUAUGGUAACCGUGAGCGAGGGCUUGUGUAUAUCACCUGA